UUGUCUAAAGUUGUAAUAAGUGAACAUGAGGUACUGUAUGUGGGCUGUUUUCUUCUUCUGCAGGUUUAUUAGAAGAACUGAACAUGGGGGAUGUACUCUGGUAUUUCCUCCGACUCCUUCACCAUGAAACCUGGGCAACAAUAGAAUAGAAGGAAGCGCUGCUGGCCAACUCUUUCCUCCCAACAACACUCACUUCCCUUCAGCUCCUCCACUCGGCUCAUCUGAGGCCGGACGAGCUGCCAGCAACAUGGACGCCCUGAUCCUGCUCUGCUUCAUCCUACUGAGAGCCAGCUGGGGCUCUGGUUUCCUCGUCAUGUUGACCCCGAGGAGGUUGUGUCUCUUCACCAAAAGUCAAGCCGUCCUCCUGGGACGCUGUGAUGUCACUAACCCCGCCCAGCAGUGGACGUGGCUGGGCGGAGCCAGGCUGGUCCACACUCAGUCCUCCAGGUGUCUCUGGGCCGACCCCAGCCCUCACCUGCCGCUCCACGCACGCCUCGCCAAACUGAGCGACUGCAGCAGAGCGCCGGCAUGGAGCUGCUACAACACCAACGGAGCGUUUGGAUUGGCUGAGACUCACAUGUACCUGAAGAAACAGGGAUCCCGCGUCGUGAUUGGAGAAAACCUGCAGGCUUCAGAGUGGAGUGGGUAUGAUGUCGACUCGGGAGGGACUCAGCUGGUGACGUCUUUAUGUCCCCAAACAGAAAUCACUUCUGUCUCCAUCUUUGAUUCAUCCACCCAUAGACCACCGGGACUAUCCAGCACCAUCUACACCAUCACAAGUCCUGCCAUAACCGUCACUAAUGAACGAUUAUCAGACACAGUGAAAACCCACCGCACCACCAGACAAGUCCACAGUUCAAUAACUGACGGAGCUUCAGCGCAUGUGAGCGACAUCACCAAAACUCGAACCAGGAGGUCGGAGACUAGAGACUUCAAUCCUGAUGUUUCAACUUCAGUCACACAGCUGUCAGCUCUGAACGGCAGCCAUAUUGUCUCCUCGAGUCCGGCUGCAUUCACGGCAGAUCAAUCCACGGAUGUCUCGGAGAGUUCGUCAGCUACAAAUGUUCUUCAGCUCAGGACUGAAGCUGAGACGACUGCGUCCUCCUCCUCCUCCAUUAGACAGGAUCCUGAGUCUGAAACUGCAGCUGUGACUCUGGUUUCCUCAGAGAUGAACAUGACUGAUCUUCUGACCACCUCUGAAGUCAUCUCUGAGAUCACCUCUGAGGUCACCUCUGAGAUCACCUCUGAGAUCACCUCUGAGGUCACCUCUGAGAUCACCUCUGAGGUCACCUCUGAGGUCACCUCUGAGGUCACCUCUGACGUCACCUCUGAUGUCACCUCUGAUGCUACUGUUGGUAUAUCUGCUGACACAGAGUCAAACCAAGAUACAACUCAUACAACACAUUCAACUACUAACAAGAGCCGUUCACCUGCCUCCACCACCACCACACCUCCUCCUACAACUGCUUACGCACCUUCAACAGCAGAUAUGAUGUCUACAUCCAUCAUGGAGACAGUUCCACCAUCGACACCUCAAACCCUGCUGACCAUUUCCCAAACUUCACCAACAGUUACCGCAACGCUGCCAACGGUCUUUACAGUUCGUCCAAAAGUCUCAGUGAGCACCACGACUGAAGGUGCUCCACCGACGUCUCCAACAGCCGUGGCGGUGUCUCCAGGAAGGAUCAACACCUCAACUCCAACAGUCCCACCUACCAGUCCGACGAACACACCUACAACCACAACUAAACCCACGACCACCCGUGUAACCACAACCAAACCCACCACCCCCCCUACAACCACAACCAAUCCCAUGACCACCCCUGUAACCACAACCAAACCCAUGGCCAUCCCUGUAACCACAACCAAACCCACCACCACCCCUGUAACCACAACCAAUCCCAUGACUACCCCUGUAACCACAACCAAACCCAUGACCACCUCUACAACCACAACCAAACCCAUGACCACCCCUGUAACCAUAACCAAACCCACCACCACCCCUGUAACCACAACCAAUCCCAUGACUACCCCUGUAACCACAACCAAACCCAUGACCACCUCUACAACCACAACCAAACCCAUGACCACCCCUGUAACCAUAACCAAACCCACCAACACCCCUAUAACCACAACCAAUCCCAUGACCACCCCUGUAACCACAACCAAACCCAUGACCACCCCGGUAACCACAACCAAUCCCAUGACCACCCCUGUAACCACAACCAAUCCCAUGACCACCCCUGUAACCACAACCAAACCCAUGACCACCCCUGUAACCACAACCAAACCCAUGACCACCCCUGUAAUCACAACCAAUCCCACGACCACCCCUGUAACCACAACCAAACCCACCACCACCCCUACAACCACAACCAAACCCAUGACCACCCCUGUAACCACAACCAAACCCAUGACCACCCCUGUAACCACAACCAAACCCACCACCACCCCUACAACCACAACCAAACCCAUGACCACCCCUGUAACCACAACCAAACCCACGACCACCCCUGUAACCACAACCAAACCCACGACCACCCCUGUAACCACAACCAAACCCACCACCACCCCUGUAACCACAACCAAACCCAUGACCACCCCUGUAACCACAACCAAACCCACGACCACACCUACAACCACAACCAAACCCCUGACCACCCCUGUAACCACAACCAAACCCAUGACCACCCCUUCAACCACAACUAAACCCACGACCACCCCUACAACCGCAACCAAACCCAUGACCACACCUACAACCACAACCAAACCCACGACCAUCCGUGUAACCACACCUACAUCCACUACAGCACUUCCAACCAUAGAAACUGCAGCCACAACGACCACAGCCAAGCCAACAACCAUCAAAACCACUCCAACCACCACCACAACCAGUGCAACACCUGCAGCUCCAACAACAAGCAGAACAACCACAACUCCUUUGACCACAACUACACCUCAGCCCACGACUUUAGGGUCAGCCACCACUACACCUGCUUCUCGCUGUUCUGUGAACUUCACAGACAUCAGUUCGAGCUCCAGUUCCAUCGCGGCGACGUUCAGCAGCGCCGGUCCGUCCUGUACCUUCAGCCUGGUCAUCGACGACGACUGGCGGGCCGAUGGCGCCGACUGUGACCCAGAUGGAGAGUCCAGGAUCAGCUUCACCUGUCGGAUCACGGGUCUGGAUCCCGGGACUUUGUACCGGUUAAUGGUGAUUUCCAAGGAGGACGGAGAGAGGAGCAACGCAUCGGUACGUACAGACCCGGUCGGUCCGGCUUGGCUGGAUGUCCAGAUUGACCAGAUUCAGGCUCAGUAUAAAAGCCUGUCUGAGGUCGACGGUGGUUCUCCAGGUCUGCGGGUGUCCUGGUCUCGUUCUGACGGUUAUGUGGACUGGUAUGAUCUGACCCUGGAGGACUCCAGCUCCGGAUCCACCCGCAGGACCAGAAUCAUGAACUCUGCAGCCUCCCGGUUUGGUUUCAGCUCCCUGGUCCCCGGGACUCUGUACACCGUCAGUGUGGUGGCUACCGCCGGGAGCAAGAGUGCUCCACCUGUCCACAGGACAGCAGCUACAGCUCCGUCGUCUGUCCACGGCCUCCAGGUGGCGUGCUCGUCCUCAGACAGCCUCAGUGUUUCCUGGCAGGUCGGUCCGGGCAGAACCGAGCAGAUCAGGGUUCUGCUGACGGAUCAGGACGAGGUUCUGUUGAAAAACGUCACUCUGCGAAACAACGUGACCUCCGCUGAGCUGGACGGCCUGCAGCCUGGGACUCUGUACACCGUCACCGUGGUAACGGAGUCUGUCGGCCUGCAGAGCUCCGCCUCCAAACAGGUGGUCACAGUCCCAGGACUGGUCUCAGAACUGAGGCUGGACAACAACGGCAGCUCAGACAGUCUGCAGGCCUCCUGGGUGUCACCUGAAGGUGGUGUGGACGUCUACCUGGCGACCUUAUCGGCUUUGGAGUCGAUCCCCCAGGAGCACCGCCUGCCUCCCAACAUCACCCGGGUAGUCUUUGUGGGUCUGACCCCCGGUCGCAGCUACCAGCUGUGUGUCAGGACCACCGCUGGAGGACAGAGCUCAGAGACCAGGACCAGCGGGAGGACAGUCCCUCUUCCGGUGUCGUCUCUCUCCAUGACGCCUCUCGCUGACGGUAAGACACUGAGGCUCAGCUGGUCGCCCCCCAGAGGAGACUGGGAGAACUACAGCGUCCUGCUGAGGAACGGCUCGGUGGUUCUGGUGAACCAGACCGUCAGUAAACUGAGCAGACAGCACGCCUUCUCCGUCCUCGGCCUCGGUCUGGUGCCGGGUCGACUUUACGGGGCAGAGGUUACGGUUCACAGCGGCAUUCUGGGUAACACGGCGCUCUGCCACGGAGGACUGGCCCCUCGUCCUGUGCAGCAGCUGCUCGUCCGUCACGCUGAUGAAACCACUCUUAGCUUCCGCUGGAGUCGGCCGGUCGGUGAAUGGGACGACUUUACGUUGGUCCUCAGACAGGCGGACCCCGCCACCGUCGUGGCUCAGAGGAUCCUCCCCUGGGAGGCCAGGGAGUGCACCUUUAACAUCCUCACCUCAGCACGCCUCUACACCGUCACCGUGACAACCAACAGCGGCAACCUGACCAGCUCCGCCUCUGUGACCGCUCGGACCAGUCCGGCCCAGGUCACUGGUCUGCAGGUGUCCAACCUCGGCAGCACCAACAGCCUGCAGGCGCAGUGGGAACGAGCAUCCGGGGACCUGGAUUCGUACCGCGUCCUGCUGGUCCACGACAGCAGCGUCAUCAAGAACGAGAGUGUGGAGGCCGACGCCACCGAAAUCAGCUUCCACGCUCUGAGACCCGGAGCUCUCUACAGGGUGGUGUUAACCACCAUCAGAGCCGGACACGUCUCCAGACAGACUGUAGCAGAGGGACGCACCGCCCCGGCUGCGGUGGGUGAGGUAACAGUCAGUAACAACGGUCGUAUGGACUUCCUGAGCGUGUCGUGGCGUCCGGCUCCAGGGGAGGUGGACAAUUACCUGGUGACACUGAGCGACCGCCAGAAGACACUUCACACCGUCUCUGUUUCUAAAUCCAGUCCAGAGUGUGUUUUUAACUCUCUGGUGUCCGGACGUCUCUACAACAUCUCCAUCACCUCCCGCAGCGGCACCCACGUGAACCACACCUUCGUCCAGGAGAGAACACAGCCGUCGCAGGUCCAGAACCCGACAGCAACCCACGCCGCUCGGGACGACUACCUGAAGGUGUAUUGGCGUCACGCCUCCGGAGACUUUGACUUCUACCAGGUGUUCAUCAAACACAACAACGUGUUCCUGCAGAACAAGACAGUCCUGAAGACGCAGAACGAGUGUGUGUUUAACGGCCUGGAGCCCGGUAGACUCUACACGGUGCUGGUGAGCACCUGGAGCGGGAAGUACGAGACCACUGCCUCCACCCACGGCAGGACCUUCCCGGCGGCGGUCCGGUUCCUGGUUCUGGCUGGACAGGGUACUGAGGAUCUGCGUGUGACGUGGUCCGCUGCUCCGGGUGACAUAGAUCACUACGAGGUGCAGCUGCUGUUCAACGACAUGAAGGUGUUUCCUCCGAUCACUCUGGGCAACGGCGUGGGAGAGUGUGUACUGUCAUCGCUCACACCUGGACGGCUCUACAAGAUCCUGGUUUCCACCUUCAGCGGCCCUAACCAGAGGGCCCAGUUCAUCGAGGGCCGCACAGUUCCGAGUAAAGUGAAGAACAUCCACGUCAGUAACAGCGGAGACAGCAGCAGUCUGAAGGUGAGCUGGACUCCCGGUCAGGGCGAUGUGGACGGAUACUCUGUGUUUCUGUCCAGACUGAACCGACAGCUGGACGUCCGACCCGUCCUCAAGCACCACUACGAGGUGACCUUCAGCUCGCUGCAGCCGGGACAGAUGUACCAAGUGACGGUCCAGUCGUUCAGCGGAGAGCUGCUCAACAACAACACGGCCACGGGACGCACAGUGCCCUCAGCGGUGACGGGUCUCCAUGUGGAGGACAUCCAGUCCACCUGCAGCCUUCAGGUGAACUGGCAGGAGGCUCUGGGUGUGUCUGACGGAUACGUACUGCAGCUUCUGGAUGACCGAGGCAGUCUGGUGACAAACUCCUCUCAGCCCUCUGGACACACCAGGUUCAUGUUCGACGGCCUCACCCCAGGCAAGAAGUACCGAGUCCAAGUCCAGACCACCAGCGGGGGCGUCCACAGCCCGGGGGUCAGUGCCGAGGCUCAGACACGUCCUGCAUCCGUCACUGAUCUGUCCAUUAAAGCCAACACCACCACCAGUCUGUCCUUCCACUGGUCUCCACCUGACGGAGAGUUUGAUGUUUAUGAGAUCUUCUUGUAUAAAAGUGAUGACUCGCUGCAGGAGAAACGCCGCGGCCAGUCCAGAAGUCAGCAGUGCUCCUUCCAGGGUCUCAGACCUGGAGCUCCCUACAGGAUGGUGGUGGUGACCCACAGCGGGGGGCAGACCAACCAGUCAUUGGUCUGGGCCUGGACAGUCCCAGCAGCCGUGGUGUCUCUGAAGGCUCAUAGUGGAAACCAGUCUGAUGCUCUGUUGGUGAACUGGGAUCGUGGCGGUGGUGAUCUGAGCGGCUACCUGCUGUCUCUGUACCCUCUCAACCCCGCCGGCGCUCAGCGGGCGCAGCAGCAGCGGCUGGGGUCAGAGGUCACAGAGUUUGUCUUCUCAGACCUGGUACCUGGUCGACAGUACCGAGCCGAGGUGCUGAGCCUCAGCGGAGAGCUGACUAACGGAGCCAGCACACUGGGGAGGACUGCUCCCAGACCUCCAACCUCCUUCCUGUUCGGGGGAGUCACCAACACCUCCCUGGAGCUCACCUGGAGCAGCCCCGUAGACUCCGACUACGACGACUUCGACCUGCAGUGGACUCCUCGGGACCGGCUGUCCGUCUUCAACCCGUACCUCAGCCGCACCUCCGGCAGCCGCAUCUUGAGAGGGAUGUUCCCCGGACGACUGUACACCUUUAGCCUGCGCAGCAUCAGCGGCGCCACGGAACCCGGGGCUACGCCCACCUACAGCACACCCAUUGACAACAGCAUCCGGACCAAGCCGGAGCGAGUCCUCAGCCUGCACUGCCGCCCUCAGAGCUCCACCUCCAUCUCGUGCUCCUGGGCGCCACCGGAGGCCGACUACGACUCCUACACUGUCGAGUGUCUCCACCAUGACUCCAAGGUCCUGGUCUACUCACGCCGCACCGGCAGAGACGCCACCGCCUACCUCAUCACCCAGCUGGAGCCCCACAAACGCUACACCAUCUCCGUGAAGGUCAUUUCGGAUCGGACGACCAGCGAGGCGGCACAGGACAGCGUGGUCACGAUGAUUGACUGUCCUCCGGUGCCCCCCCUCAGUACCCGGGUCAGUGACAGGUCCGCCGUGGUCACCAAGUCUUCCAUCUUCUUCACAUUUAACUGCAGCUGGUUCAGUGACGUCAACGGAGCCAUCAAGUUCUUCACUGUGGUGGUGACAGAGUCUCAAGAUGUAGAUGAGGAGCAGCCGGACCAGCGGCACCCUCUGCCCUCCUACCUGGACUAUAAAUCCAACAGCUCCAUAAAGUCCUACCAGACCAGUUACUUCCCCAGUCGCUGCAGCGAGGGCCCCGACAGCAGCUCCAACAGCUUCCAGCUGAGUCUGGGGACGGGGAUGGACUCACUGGGGGGCUCCUGUGAUCACAGAGACCAGCAGAGCCCAUCAGACCUGGAUCCAGAGACAAGCAGAGACCUGAACCUGUUCUGUGACGGACCACUGAAACCCAAAACUGCCUACAGACUCAGUGUUCGAGCGUUCACUCAGCUGUUUGAUGAAGACCAAUCAGACUUCAGCUCUCCUCUGUACAGCGACACCUACCUGUCUCUACCUGUGGUCACCGAGGCAGAGCCUCUGAGCGGUGUGAUCGAGGGCGUCAGUGCCGCGAUGUUCCUCGUCGUCAUGAUGGCGGGAGUCAUCGCUCUGCUGGUCUGCAGACAAAAGGCCCACAAAGUAGUUCAAGAGAGAACGACAGUCAGGAUGAAUGUGAGGAGAGAGAGGAGUGCACCAUCAGGAGUCCACCUGGGAGUCAGAGGAAACCGUCGAGUCUCAAGUCCCAUCAGGAUCCUGAACUUUGAGUGUCACUACAAUAAACUGCAGGCCGACUCCAACUACCUGCUGUCAGAGGAGUACGAGGACCUGAAGGACGUCGGUCGUAAUCAGCCGCUGGACUCGGCUCUGCUGCCAGAGAACCGCGGCAAGAACCGAUACAACAACAUCCUGCCCUAUGACUCCACCAGGGUGAAGCUGUCCUACGUGGAUGAUGAUCCGUGCUCCGACUACAUCAACGCCAGCUACAUGCCCGGGAAUAACUUCCGGCGGGAGUACAUCGCCACUCAGGGUCCUCUGCCAGGAACUAAAGAUGAUUUCUGGAAGAUGGUUUGGGAGCAGAACGUCCACAACAUGGUGAUGGUGACUCAGUGUGUGGAGAAAGGCAGGGUGAAGUGUGACCACUACUGGCCCUUCGACCAGGACCCACUGUACUACGGAGACCUGAUCAUCCAGAUGUUGUCAGAGUCUGUUCUUCCUGAGUGGACCAUACGAGAGUUCAACAUCUGCAGCGAGGAGCAACUGAGCGUCACUCGGCUGGUCCGUCAGUUUCACUACACCGUGUGGCCGGAUCACGGCGUCCCAGAGACAACACAGUCUCUGAUCCAGUUCGUCCGGACUGUCCGGGACUACGUCAACAGAAGUCCUGGAUCUGGACCCACCGUGGUCCACUGCAGUGCCGGUGUGGGUCGUACAGGGACCUUCAUCGUUCUGGAUCGAGUGCUGCAGCAGCUGGAGACCAAGGACAUGCUGGAUAUCUACGGCGCCGUCUUUGACCUGCGACUCCACCGAUCACACAUGGUGCAGACGGAGGGUCAGUAUACAUACCUCCAUCAGUGUGUUCGUGACGUUCUCAGAGCCAGGAAGCUCCGCAGUGAGCAGGAGAACCUCCUCCACCCCGUCUAUGAAAAUGUGAACUACAACUUCCAAAGAGAGACGCUGUCCAGCAGACGUUAAAAAUUGUAUUGACUUCUGAUCGAUGUGAUUGACUACUGAUCGAUGUGAUUGAUUACUGACUGAUGUGAUUGACUACUGAUCGAUGUAAUUGAAUACUGAUCGAUGUGAUUGAUUACUGAUCGAUGGGAUUGACUAUUGAUCGAUGUGAUUGAUAACUGAUCGAUGUGAUUGAUUACUCAGUGAUGUGAUUGACUACUGAUCAAUGUGAUUGAUUAUUGAUCUAUCUAAUUGAUUACUGAUCGAUUUGAUUGAUUAUUGAUCUAUCUAAUUGAUUACUGAUCGAUGUGAUUGAUUACUGAUCGAUGUGAGUGACUACUGAUCGAUGUGAUUGAUUACUGAACGAUGUGAUUGACUACUGAUCGAUGUGAUUGAUUACUGAUCAAUGUGAUUGAUUACUGAUCAAUGUGAUUGACUACUGAUCGAUGUGAGCGACUACUGAUCGAUGUGAUUGAUUGCUGAUCGAUGUGAUUGAUUACUGAUCGAUGUAAUUGAUUACUGAUCAAUGUGAUUGAUUACUGAUCAAUUUGUUAAGCUCUAGGGGAAUGAGGGAAACAUGGCAAUUCUAUUUUUAUAUCAGUGUUUAUAUUUGAAGCAUCAGAUGUUUCCCAAUAGAGAAAAACUUUAUUUAUAAUAUAUAAUAUAAUUUAUAUACACGAAGCACCAGCUCUGUAGUUUAUUGUAAUUUAUAUAUAAUAAGCGAUUGAUGAUGAAUGGGUGGAUUACUGUAUGAAGGGACUACAUGUUAUACAGAUGUUACACAGAUGUAACACAGAUGUUAUACAGAUGUUACACAGAUGUUAUACAGAUGUUACAGGUGUUUUCUGUUCCAAACUGAUCCUACCAUUAGAACAUUAGAACCUUCAUGAUUUAGUACAGGCCUGUUGGAUCAGACUCUCAGGUGUUCCUUAUAAACUGGACACUGAGUUUAUACACUAAUAUACAGAAUACAGUCCCCCAGUGUAUCACGUAUAAUCAGUAUAUAAACAUGUAAUGAAUGUUUAGUAACAGACUAUAAUAUAUGUAUUUUAUAUUAUUACAGCUGUGUUUUCUCAUUUAUUAUCUUUUUAUACAGCAGACAACACUUCUGUCUGUCCACAGGAGGAGUUAUAGUUGUAAUAAAUACAUUAAUAAGCACUUAUUAUCAUCUGUUUCUGAUUAUACAUGAUAGAUAGGGGACCCGUGAGCACAACGUAAUAACUUGAAGAUCAAUUCAGUUAAUUUUUAUAUCGUGUAUAGCGUAUCUUUGUGUGACAGUAAAUAUUGAUGAUGAUAAACACUGAAAUACGUCGGCAGGUUUUAUUUAUUAAGAGAUGAACAUGUAGAAACUGUUGUGAUCACGUUUGAUCUGAUUCACGUUGUUGUUCACUGAAAUGUGUGACAUCACAACUGUAAACCAAUGAGAAGAGCAGACAUGUCUCAUGUGACAUCACAUCUGUCACUCAUAAUAAGAAGCUUUUUUAAUGUUCAUUAUAAACAUUAAUGUUUGAGUGUUAAAGGUCAGAUUAUUUUUUUAAUCAUAAAUGUAUGUAAGAUAUCAUUUAAAGUGUGUAUUAUGUAUUUUAUUUUUUACCACCACAUGAACUGUACUUUAUUUUGUAAGAACAUUUCCUGUAUGUGAGAGCAGUUAAUUAAACACCACAGAAGAAGAAAUA